AUGCCCGCCUUCAAGGAGCUCAUGGGGGUCGUCUCCCCCCGUCUCCUCAGCUCCGUGAUCAGGAAGAGGAGCAGGAACAGGAAGAAGAAGAAGAAGACGAAGACGAAGACGAAGGCGCAGGAGAUCAAUCCCGGAGCUGCUGCAGAUGAAGACCCAGAAGGUGGGAUCGAUUCCGCGGUGGAAAUGGAGGAGGAAGCAGGAGGGUUCGACCUGAAGAGCUCCUCCUCCUCCCUCAGCCACGCCAUCCAGCCGCUGGGUAAUCUUCUCCUCGCCGGCGAUCCCUCCGCCAACAUCCGCCACCGCGGGCUUGGCUCCCUCUUCGUCCUCUCCGACGAGCUCCUCCUCGAUGUCCUCUCCCUCCUCCCCGCCGGCGACCUCGCUCGCCUCGCCGCCGUGAGCAAAUCUCUCUACGUCUUCUCCACCCACGAUCCUCUCUGGAGAAACCUCGUCCUGGAGGACCUGCGAGGCGAUUUCCUCUUCACCAGUUCCUGGAGGUCCACCUACGCCUCCGCCGCCGCCGGGUUCAUAUCGCCGGGCGGCGCCGCCGUCAGGAUCAGAGACUUCUAUUCGGAUUACCUCUUCCAGAGCUGGCUCUGCGCGAGCAUGGAGAUGAAGCCCGAGUGGCUCAGGACGGAGAACAUCAAGCGGCGGCGGGGAAUCUCCGUGGAGGAGUUCGUCUCCUGCUUCGAGGAACCCAACAUUCCAGUGCUCCUGGAGGGAUGCAUGGAGGACUGGCCGGCGGCGAGCCAGUGGGACCAUGCCGGCCUGGUGGGGAUCUGCAAGGGGGCCAAGUUCGCCGUCGGCCCAGUGGAGAUGGACAUGGAGAGCUACUUCCAGUACGGCGGCGCCGCCAGGGAGGAGCGCCCGCUGUACCUCUUCGAUCCCAAGUUCGCCGACAAGGUCCCCGAGCUCUGCUCCGACUACCAGGUCCCCGAGUAUUUCAGAGAGGACCUGUUCUCCGUUCUUGGGGACGAAAGACCAGACUACAGGUGGAUCAUCGUCGGCCCUGCAGGUUCUGGGUCGUCCUUCCAUGUCGAUCCCAACUCCACCUCUGCGUGGAACGCGGUGAUCAAGGGGUCGAAGAAGUGGGUCAUGUUUCCGCCGGAGGUGGCGCCGCCGGGAGUUCACCCGAGCGCCGAUGGGUCGGAGGUGGCGUGUCCAGUUUCCAUCAUGGAGUGGUUCAUGAACUUCUAUGGCGCCUGCAGGGACUGGCCGAAGCGGCCGGUUGAGUGCGUUUGCAGAGCUGGGGAGAUCGUCUUCGUCCCCAAUGGGUGGUGGCAUUUGGUGAUCAACCUCGAGGAUUCUGUGGCAAUCACGCAGAAUUAUGUCAGCAGGUAUGAUCAUCUCUGUCACCGAUCUUCCCUGCAGAAGUUUGCUGCUGAAGAUCCAUCCGAUGAUAAUUAGCUCCAUGCUCUAUUUUUUGCUUCGAAUUGCAUCAUUUUGGAGCAAAAUUCGUCAAAAAUCUCUUGAACUUCUUCUCUGGAAGGCACUGAUUUCGCUAGAAAUUAAGAAAUGAUUAUCUGAAAUAAAAAUGGAUGUAAAGGCUGGGAGUUGUUCUUGUUAUAUCUAACAAGUGACUUUGGGUAGUCAUAGAGAUUGACUUCUUCUUGGUGUAUGAAGAUCAAAUCACGGACUCUCUCACCAUGAGAAAUGAUUUUCCCAAGGCAUAGAUGUAGCAUGAAUGGGAGCUUCUUCUCUCUAGGUUUCGAAGGUCAUGGUGAAGGAGUCAUCGUACAUUAGUAGAAAAAUGAUUUUUUUAUCAAAGUUUAACAAUAUUAUUUUACCAAAAAGCAUGAACAUAAAACCCUUUUCUCUUGUUUAUAAUAGGAAAACUAUAAUGGACCUGCGAACUAAAGUAUUGCUUAAUCAUAAAAGGCAAUGAUCAAAGGCCGAUGAAAGGGAGAAAUACGACACAUAAAUGGAAAAUGAGUGGAAAAUGCUUUGAACAUUGCAAAUGAGAAAUCUUUGACCGAGGGGAAAAAAAAAAUCUCCUAGUGGGGGAAGGAGCUGGAAUAUUUUGAAAUUCUUGUUGGAUGGAAAUCUCAAAAAGAUCAAAUAUAAUACUUCAACAUCUCAUUUAUUGCUUUUAAGAGGACACCAAUGUGGGUGAAUAUACACUUCAUUGAAAUUCUUCAUAGAAAGGAGAAUAGAACACCUUUUUUUAUCUUUGGCCAAUGGGACUUGCCAUCUAGGAUCAGAGGUCAUAACAUAGGUGUUGACUUUAGUCUCAGAUUUUAAAAUAACAAGACUUGGUUCUUGUUAUUUUUCUGUGCCACCACCGAAAGUGUGCUGUUUUGUGUCAUAGUUACCCCCUUUGAUCUAAUCCGCAAAGUAUGGGUUUCAGGGAGGAUUAUUAUUAGAAGCCUAUGAUUAGCCAUAUGAAGUGCCAUUUUAUUUAUUUCAGCCUUUGCAACAUCGACAGCACUUCUACCACCGUCAUAAAUAGAAAGAACUCUGGAGCAUCAGUCACACUGAGGAGAUCACUCGCAGCGUUGCGCACGAGCUUCCCCUGGCCUAAACCUGCCCUUCCUUUUGUGACGAGAAUCUCCCCGGCUGCUGUCCUCUGGGAUCUGUGUUUUUCGGUUUCUCUCCUCUGUGGGCAUUUGUGAUGUAGUCAGGUCUGUGGCAUCUGACCUCCAUUGCAAGGGAAAUAGUCACAGUUCUCUCAACUUUCCUAUUUUUUCUCCUCCUCUUGUCUGACAGAGCUUCAUACAGCAAUCCUGAUGUUAAUUGUAGUCGUGGUUAGACUCAGAUUCAUAACCAGCUUAUGGUCGAUGAAACAAGGCUCAGAUGCCAUGGUUUUGGGUAAGAAUUCUGAUCCAGUGAUAGUCAUCCUCAGUGUCCGGUGCUGCUCCAUAGAAUUUUUUUUUUUUACUUCAUCUGGCUUGGGGUAAUCUUUCACCUUCUCUACUAAGGGGACGUUUCUUUGGAGGGCAAACAGGACUGUGUGCUCCAUAUAGUCUGGAUUGCUGUCAUCCUCCACUUACUUGCCUUCUACAUUCUGUGACAAGAGAGAAUAAAAAUAAAUAAACAAAUAAAUAAAUAAAAUAAGCUCUUGAUUCCUGUAGCUGUUGUAUUUAUUCAUCAUCAUCCUUGUUCUUCUGCUUCCAAGUUCAGUCUUGUUGUUUUCUCUCUCUAAACAGGAGGAAUUUGCUGAAUGUGCUGGAUUUUCUUAGGAGGCCCAAUGCAAAGGAACUUGUCUCGGGGACAGAGGACAGGGUCAACUUGUAUGAAAAAUUCAGGUGCGCAGUCGAGUCCUACUUUCCGGGAUUAAUCGAUGAGCUCAGGAAGAAAGCGGAAGGGAAGAUGGCUGAAGAGAAGAAGAUGACAUUCUGGGAGUCGGUCUCCGAUGCUAACACUGGAGGGUUUAAGUUCUCUUUCUGA